GGAGGGGGAGGGGAGAGGAAAGCAGAGGCCCCGCCCAGGUCUGGCAGGAAGGCCUGGGGGGCGGGGCGGCUCAGCAGGUGCCAUCCAGCAGCCUGUGUCCCCAGGGGGAGGCCUGAGGCGGGCUUGGCGGGGGGGAGGGUGGGGACAGAGGGAGAAAACGCCCACGCAGUGUGUGGCUCCGGGGCCACCCUGUUCCCCUGUCUCACAGCCUGGCUGCACCUCCGAGCCUGGCCAGACCCCGUGUUCGAGGGAGACGCCCUGACUCUGAGAUGUCAUGGAUCGGCGAACAACGUCCUGUCCCAGGUGAAGUUCUACAAAGGCAGAAGAUUACUCCAAACCCCGAAGACCAGAUGGUCCCUGUCCAUGGGGACAGCUACCCUGGAAAGCAGCGGCCAGUACAGCUGCUCUGGGAAGGUGGCCUACGUCCCAUACCUGGGCAGACAAACCUCAGAGCUGGUCAAGGUUCAAGUCCAAGAGCCGUUCCCGCCUCCUGUGCUGAGCGCUGUCCCCUCUCCCGAGCUCUGUGAGGGGAGCCCGCUGACCCUGAGAUGCCAGGCGAAGCUGCACCCCCAGAAGUCGGCCCCGAGGCUCCUCUUCUCCUUCCACAGAGAUGCCAGCACCUUGCAGGACUGGGGCCCCCACCCGGAGCUCUGCCUCCCAGGAGCCCAGGAGAGAGACUCUGGGCUUUCCUGGUGCCGGGCCACCCUUGAGGGUGGUGUGGCCCAGAAGCAGAGCCCCCAGCUGGAGGUCAGGGUGCAGGACGCUCGGCUGCCAUCACGAAGUGUCCGGGCGGUGGGGCGGGGGAGCUUCAACAAUGAAAAUAUGUCCUCACUGUCCUGGAGGCUGGAAGUGGUCUGUCGAGAUGGUAGGAAGGAGAGGAACCUCUACCUGGACCCUGGUGAGAGCGGCUCGGAGGCCCCGGGCCCUGGGCGCCAGCUCUGA